UAUUUGGUAGUCUCUCCCUUUUUUUUCCGCCAACUGUUUCUCUCCUUCGUUGGAGCAUAUAAAGAAGUAAAGAACUGGACAAUAAAAAUUGUCUAAACGGUAUGCAAAAGUGGGAACUUGCAUAGAGGAAAUUCAGAUAUGAGAGGAACCGGAGGACCACUCUUAUGCAUCGGAGAUCUCCUGAGCGAUGUGGGUGAGGAAGAAGAUGUAGUGUCAGCUCAUUCUUCAUCACCGUCUUUCUCUUCGUCUUCUGUUUCGGAUUCAAACCUCGCUCCUGAUCUCACCAAACUCUUCCAGGAAAACUACAAGCACUUGAAUAAGGCACUUGCUGGCACAGACCACUCUUGGACGGCUUUGACUCUGAAGCUAUGCACUGCCCUGGAAACUGCGAACGACUUGCUUCAGUCUACCAACUCAAAUGUUGGAUUGUUGGCAGAGAAGGUUGGACAGCUUCAGAGAGUUGUGAAGAGAGCGGAUUCUGCCAUAACAGCUGCAAAGGCUCUCCAUGUUAAUCUGGAUGAAGAUAAAGGGGCCGAUAUUGACAACGCAAAAUUCAAGUAAAUUCAAGUCUUGCUGCGAGAUUAGAAACUGGCCUUGAACUGACAAAAAAGCUGGAUAGCUUGAGAGUUGAUGCCCGCAUUUCGGCCGAGAUCAGCGUACUGAACAAUUUGUAUUAGUUAGAGAUGGUACCCAACUGUUCAGGGGGUUCGAGCAAAAAUGCCCGCACGCUCCUAAAGAUAGAGAGAUGCGGCCUUGUGCUUGCUUAAAUAUGAUGGAUUGGCUCCUGAGAGAUGUUGAGUUGCGCUCAGAAACAGUGGAGUUAAUAAUUCUGCUGAGUAGUGGAAACUCAGUCAAGUAAUAUGGGACAUUCAAACUCCGAUGGCAGAUCUUUCUCGCACUUCAGAUGCUGCUGAGGUCGGGGAUCAAGCGGUAACCUUCCCCACGACACCCCCCCCCCCUUUUUGGGGGGGGGGGGGGUAAAUAAAAACGGGCAAAACUCUCCAAUUCAGAUUUUAACAUUGGUCAGUUUAACUAACUGGACUGAGAACUAUACAGUCCCGCGUGGAUUUUGAAUGGUUACGACUGAGUGUUGAUAGAUUCGUCCUCUUUUUUAAAUUAUACACCAUUGAACGGUGUGUUGGUCGAUUGACAAUCUCAUUUUCUUCCCAUUGACUGCACAUGACGGUUAGAGGUGUUCGAUUUUCAACUUUUGUGAGUAUGAUGUAAAUCCAAUUAAAAGGAGUCCAAUCUUUAUCUUUAAUUGGUACUCUAAGGAGAAUUAGUUUCUACUGUCAGUGUAGAACAUCCAUGUAUACCCAAAAAAAUAAAACAAGUGAUAGAUUUGGAA